UUCGCUGUUACUCCCGCCUUGGGUAUAUCCGUACCCAGCUGAAAUUGGUGAGGCUCACGAUAAACUGCACCUGAUAAUCACGUCUGUAUGCACGAAAUAUACGCAUUUCGCUGCAAGCGGCUGGUCUAUCGAACUAUUGGCGCGUGACAGUCUUAAUUGAGUGUCCUCCAUGUCGUUCUUGAACUACCUAUGCGGCUGCUUUGCCUGCCAUGGUCCCGGCUGUUUAUCGAAGCCUUCCGUGCAGGCCCGGCCAGAAUAUAAUACUGCAUCCAUUCCACGGCACGAUGACUCCAAUGGUUCCCACGACGGUGCUGCUAACGAGGUGGUCAUGGAUGACGGAUAUAGCGCUGUCGCUCCGCUGCCCCGCUAUACACCACGCCCUGUGAGCAUCCAGGAGAAGACCCUACAACUACACAUGCGCGAUCCUCCUAUCUCCUCGGAUUCUCGGCCAAUGGAUGAGAAGAAUCCUCGGGACUUCGAGGAACCGCGGUCUCCCACAGGAUCUGAUGCAGGAUCCGAUGCGUCGUCUACUAUCUCCAUGCCUAGUAGCUAUGGCAAUACUUCCACUGCCACGCGGGAGACCCCUCCUCCGCCUUACUCUGCCCAUCCUUCACCUGCGCCUUCGCGACCUAUCUCGAUCUCUAUGCAGGAGACGGGUGCAAUGCAAUUCACUCUCUACCCCGGUGUCGCUGAUGAGCCUCCAUUGUCACCACCGCCGAUGAUUCACAUUCCACAGCCCCAGCCCGUUUUUCGCCGGCCGGAAUUUCUUCAUCGUGGCGUGCUCCCUGAGAACGACGACGUAAGCAGCCAUGCACGAAGGCACUCGUGGGAGAGCCGAUGAAAGAACCAAUCACUUUUCCUCCUACUUGAUCAAUUGGCUCCUGCCAUGUUCCUACCA